AUGACUCACUCAUGUCACCUCCAAACAGGCGACAUAAAUCCUACGUCCGGGCCUAUAUAGCACGCUCCGAUCAAAGGUCAUCGGCUCCGGUGUUGAGACAGGUGACUGACUUUCAGGUGGAGCUGCGCGUCUCGUCCAGCCAGAGCGUCCCGCUGCAGGUGAGUCUCGUCUGUGUGUGUGUGUGAUCGCAGCUCGAGUUGAACCUCCCACGUCACUCCGAGUGAUCGACGGCCGAGUUCAAAGGACACAAGCCCUGCCCUUGAGUCUGCCGGGCGAGAGCGGAGCGACGCUCUUUAUCAGGUGGAGGUUGUGCUGCGAGUCGACCACUGCAGCCUCGGCCAGACUGGGAAACACUUUCUUCUGCUGGAGCUCGUCCACCAAACCGGAGCCAAGAUGCCCAAAACCGUCAAUGUUCGCGUCACCACCUUGGACGCGGAGCUGGAGUUCUCCUUCCACCCCAACACCACCGGGAAGCAGCUCUUUGACCAGGUUGCCAGGACCAUCGGCCUGCGUGAGAUCUGGUACUUUGGGCUUCAGUUUGUCGACUCCAAAGGCAUCUCUACCUGGCUGAACUCUGAUAAGAAGGUGAUGGUCCAGGACGUGAAGAAGGAGACCCCCCUGCUGUUCAAGCUGAGGGCCAAGUUUUACCCAGAGGACGUGACCGAGGAGCUGAUCCAGGACGUCACCCGCAGGCUCUUCUUCCUGCAGGUGAAGGAGGACAUUCUGGGGGAGGAGAUCUACUGCCCUCCAGAGUCCGCUGUGCUGCUGGCCUCUUACGCCAUCCAGGCCAAGUACGGGGAGCAGGAGAAGUCUGCUCAGAAGCCCGGUUACCUGGCCUCCGAGCACCUGCUGCCCAAGAGAGUGCUGGAACAACACAAGCUGUCCAAGGAGCAGUGGGAGGAGAGGAUCCAGAUUUGGCACGAGGAGCACAGAUCGAUGCUGAAGGAAGAGUCCAUGAUCGAGUACCUGAAGAUCUCUCAGGACCUGGAAAUGUACGGCGUCAACUACUUUGAGAUCAAGAACAAGAAGGGCUCCGACCUGUGGCUGGGAGUCGACGCUCUGGGGCUCAACAUCUACGAGAAGGCGGACAAGCUUUCCCCAAAGAUUGGAUUCCCGUGGAGUGAAAUUAGAAACAUCUCUUUCAACGAUAAGAAAUUCAUCAUCAAGCCCAUAGAUAAGAAGGCUCCUGAUUUUAUAUUCUACGCUCCCCGACUGCGAGUCAACAAGCGCAUCCUGCAGCUGUGCAUGGGCAACCACGAGCUGUACAUGCGCCGCCGCAAGACCGACACCAUCGAGGUCCAGCAGAUGAAGGCUCAGGCCAAAGAGGAGAGGCUGCACAAAAAGAUGGAGAGGGAUCAGCUGGAGAGUGAGAAGAAGAAGAGGGAGGCCAUGGAGAAAGAGAAGGAGCAGAUGGAGAGCGAGAAGCAGGAGCUGAUGAUGAAGCUCUACCAGUUUGAAGAGACAACCAAGAGAGCCGAGAGAGAGCUUCAGGAGCAGCUGGACAGGUCCAUGAGGCUGGAGGAGGAGAGGAGGAGGGUGGACCGGGAGGCAGCCCGGCUGGAGGCUGAGAGGAUGGAGGCCAUGAUAGCCAAGGAGGAGCUGCUCAGGCAAGCUGAGGACCAAAUAAAGAACCAGGGGCAGCUGGCGGCGGAGCUGGCCGAGUACAGCGCCAAGAUCACUCUGCUGGAGGAGAUCAGGAGAAUCAAGGAGGAGGAGGCUGAGUCAUGGCACUGCAAGGCUCGGGAAGUGGAGGAGAAUCUGAUGAAGACGAAGGAGGAGCUGCACAAUGUGAAGAGUUCCAACUACGCUUCCGUUCAAGCACUCGUUCAAGUUCCCGUUCAAGCUCCCGUUGAAGCUCCUCGCUCCUCAUCCUCCUCCUCCUCCUCCUCCUCGGACAACGAGAGCGACCACGAGCACAGCGAAGAGCAAAGCACCUACAGCGCCGAGCUGCCGGCGCAGGAAGUCAACGGCCACCACGAGGAGGCGGAGCGGCUCACCGAGGCCGAGAAGAACCAGCGCCUGCAAAAACAGCUGAAGGCCCUGAGCGCAGAGCUGGCGGAAUCCCGAGACGACAACAAGAAGACGCAGAACGACGUCCUCCACGCCCAGAACGUCCGAGAAGGCCGCGACAAGUACAAGACCCUGCGUCAGAUCCGCCUGGGCAACACCAAGCAGAGGAUCGACGAGUUCGAGGCCUUGUAGAAAACCUCAGACCUGAAGCUCUCGCCCCAAAAUACCUCGUGAAGGCCCCCACCCCCCUGUUCGCCGACGCUUCCUUUUUUAAAUUUAAGUGUGAUGUAAUCACAGCCACAUCAGAUAUUUUUUUUUUAAAGACCCAGAAAAGCGUGAAGCUUUUAUCGGUUUAAUUUUGCUUUAGUUUUUUCUUUGCGGCACUCAAACAUCUCCGAUGUGCUGCGUAGUCCCGUUGAAACAUAUCAGGAAGCUGGUGGGUUUUCUGACUGUACGAACAAAUUAAAUUAAAUAUGAACGAUCAAAAACUUUAUUGCAAUUUGGCUUCUUUUUUUUUUAGGUUUGUUAUUAUUCCAAACAAAAGAGGUUACAUUUAGGUUAAUUGAAUGAAUGUCCCAUAUUGAUCAGGGACUUGUAAAACUGCAACUAAGAGUAAUUUUACUUCUUCAUUCUUGUAUUGAUUGUUUUUUAUUAUUACGUCAUGUCUUUGUGUCGCUUGUUUGGUCCAACCAAAAACACAAACAUAUUAAAUACAUUUUAGCUCGAUUAAUCACUUUAAACAAUUAAUCUUCUUCUGUUGGUCACCUUCUCUUUUAACUGUGCACCUGUUUUCACCUGUCCAAAUAACAUUGCAAUGUAUUUAACUAGUUUUAAUACACGUAUAUCCUCACAUGGUUUUUAUGAUUUUUACAUCAGAGAUACAAGUAGCAAUGAAUUUGUAUCCCACACAGGCACAUCUAAUCCCAGAAGUUUCUAGACCCCGACCUUCUGCUUCCCGUCCUGAAUUCACCACAUCCUGUUUUUGUAAUUCCCUGAUGUGUUUGUGUUGCCGACGACCCAAGCUCCAAGAAAAACACUGGCGCCAACAUUUCCCACAAUGCAACUCAAUAACUUUCAAACUCAGCAAAACAAAUUAUAAUUCCUACAUUUUAAAUAAAUGUCCCAAUUGUAAUCUCAAACCAAGAUAACCCUGAUGACAUCUUCCGGGUUGUUUUUCCAAAAAAUAAAGCAGAUUAUCCUUUAAACCAGUAUGGAAAGUUGUAUUUUCCGACCGGAAAUGAAUAAACUCUGAUAUGAAACUUUA